AUGCCAUCGGCAGCUACGCGCACAUGUGUGGAGUGCAACACCAACCCUUCACGCUACAACUGCCCGACGUGUCGACAGUCCACAUGUGGCCUGGCGUGCUCCAAGAAUCACAAGGCUGUCUGCGAUGUGCGGCAUGCAAGCACGUCCAAGACUACGCUGCUCGUCGCGCAGACUCGCGAUGAUCCUACCGAACUGGAAAGAGCUCAAGCAAUUGGCCGGCUAGCCGGAAGGAUCGCACCCCAGAGACCCAGAGAUGUCAACGACCUCAUGGCAGACUUUUCCUUCGUAAGCGCCAUCGCUCAGCAGGCUCAGAAUGCUGGGAGGUUGGCUGUGCAUCUGGGACUCACCAAUUCCACCGCCACCCAGCCCGUGCGCGCAAAGGAUGUCGCGAAUGGUCGUGAGAAUGAGGCAAAGUAUGGGAAGCGCGGACAGGGACAGCAGACGCAGCAGCGUUUGCCGCCGCAAGAGGCGAAGGCGCAGGCAUUGCAGAAGCAAAUCUCGUAUCGCAGGCUGCCCAUCAUGCUGCUUCCUGUGGGGAUGCAGAUGCGCAAGGAGAAUGCCACCUCCUGGUCGGGUCGGUGAGUGCCACCAGAAGUAAGGCUUAUGCUUUCUGGCCUCCGACCGCGCAAAAUUCUCACAGCUUUCUUCUCACCCUCGCACUCUCAAUCGUAGGGACCAGCGCCUCUCAUUCACUAUCGAUCUACGCUUUCCGUUUGCGCCCAAAGCAUUGGCGCGGGCGUCAGAGAUGCAAAGCGCCGGCAAAGGCAAAGGGAAACCCAUGAGGGCCCUAUUGCAUCGCAUUGAUCCAGCGAAACGCGUGCAUACCAUCUUCGUGGACGAGCUAGACAGAAUGGCGCGCCAGCAGGGCGUGCCGCAGCCUCGAAGCGUGACAUCCAAGGCAGAGCAUGGCCGCACAUUGCCGUCGCAUUCUGACGCCGAAAGCUGCGGGAGAUAUUCGUCAAAGGUACUCGAGGCAGCUGGCCUUCGUACCGACUCCAAAGAAGCAGCGUGCGACCACAAAGACGGCGAGACCUUACAAACAGUGCUGCCUCCAGGUACCGUGGUACUGUUGAAGGUGUACGCGGACCGUCUACGCAACGAGAGCACAGCAAAGUUCAGCAAUUGGUGGCAUGCGCAAGUGCGUCGAGGUAAUGUCGCUCCGAACAGCUUGGAAGGUCCCAGCACUUCAGGGCCUCGUCCUGCAGCGCAGCCACUUGUCACGACCUGCACUCCCACGGGUUCUAGAGCGGAUAGCGAGCGUUCAGGUUCAUCAGGGCAUUCAGCACCUGUGAUGCCACAGACGCAAACCGCUAGCGGCAGUGAAGCCCCCAAUACAUCGGCGCAUCAAAGCGGCCCUGUCGAUACGGCAACGCGGACAGUCGUAGCUCUGCGAAGCGCGGAGACAACGGUUCAAGAUAUGCUCUGCAGUCUUCCGCGCCGACUUGCAAUCAUAGAGUACCCGCAACUGGAAAUUUGGCCGCUGCAGAAGGUCUCGCAGGCUGUCGAAGCCGGGACGUUGAAGGUGCACGAGCUGCGUGAUCCGAACGAGCCAGAGACAGAGGAGUCGCCGAAAGCAGAGGAAGUUCCCUUGGCUCCAUCAAUCGAGGCGGAGGGCUCACUUCAGAUGAUGCCUCCACCUGAGCGCAUCUUUGACGUACCAACGGGUCCCAGAGCAAAGCGGCUAAAGCCAUCGGAGCAUGCGCCAACGCGUCCCAACUCUAAGCGACCAAAGCUAUCGGACUCUUCUCAAGUCUCGAGUUCUACAGCAGUCAAUGAAGCACCCGCGCCAGCGGUUUCUGCUCAAGCGCCCCCCUCUGGGCUUGGCCUAGCGCUUAGCGCAGCCCAAGCAGCUUUGAACAAUCCCGCUGCACAAGCUGCCAUGAUGCGGGUUGCGCAGGCAAGGCAAGCUCCCCCUCCGCUUCCAAGACCUGCAGUUGGGCUUUCGGGAUUGGCGUCGUACGCUUCAGACUCUGAGUCGGAUGACAAGGACGAACAAGAACAAGAACAGGAGUUCCCGGGAGCAAAGCCCUCAGGCUCUCGCUCUCCAGAAACGCAAAGGUUGGCCAGGCUAGAAAUGCUCUCAGAGACCGGGGCACAAGCAGCUCUAGAUGCUGUGUCUUCAGCAGGAGUCGGCCCCAACACAUCUUCCUCUACUUCUGGACUUGCAGAGCUUGCUAGAUCUUUGGGCUGGGCACUGCCCAGAGCUCCUUCACCAGAACCCCUGCACUCGCCGGAGAUUCAUCUGCCUCACACGAGCCCAGAAUUGGAAUCACCUGCGCUUGGAUUUGAUGGGGAGGAGGAGCACCUUGACUGGGGAGACGACGCUUAG